AUUUUCUACGACUACUGCUACGGCCUACGACUCUCCAUUGUAGAUGGCCCUUUAGGUUCCUCUCUGGUUUAGGCCCUUAGUUUGGUGCAAGUGGCCCAAAGUGGUCCUAAUUUUAAGAAGGUUAAUACUUUCUUUUUCUGAUUUUUUUAAAUUAAUGUGAGUGUAAAACAAUGCCGCGGAGGAUGUGUGUUAUGUUUGCAAUUGUAUUGAGUUUGUUUAUCAUAUUUCAAUUACGCUUACUCUGCAAUUAUAAGAGAUUAUUUUUCUUAGGUGAUGAAAAUAUACCUGUUAUAUUGUGGUGGACGCCAUUCGGUAAUAAUAAUCGAAUAAAAACGUGUGGAAACGUCAAAUGCUACUUCUCACACAACAGAACAUUUGAAAGUAGCAUAAACUUGAAAAGCAUUCUGUUUUAUGGAAGUGAUCUACGCAUCCAUGAUUUACCUAGUUGGAGGAGUGGUGCCAUAUCGUGGGGGUUACUUCACGAGGAAUCUCCCAGGAAUAAUCCUAUACUUGUUCACGAGGAGGCACUCAAUCUUUUUAAUUACUCCUCGACAUUUAGCAGAUUUAGUAAUGUACCACUCACGCUUCUUGAUUUAUCUGGUUUAGAAGAAUUAAUAGCAGAGUCGUAUUACGUGCCUACCAAAGAGAAGUCUAUGUUGAUGCAUGUGGAAAAUUUAGCACCAGUAUUAUAUAUUCAAUCUGACUGUGAUACUGUUAGUGAUAGGGAUCGCUACAUCUUAGAAUUAAUAAAACAUAUUCGAAUCGAUUCCUAUGGCGCAUGUUUAAAUAAUGCUAAACUUAACGACAAAUUGAGGAACAAUUACCUCGAUAUUUUGAACGAUCAUGAAUUCUUGUCCUUUGUGGCCAGAUACAAGUUUACUAUAGCCUUUGAAAAUGCAAUUUGCGACGAUUAUAUCACGGAAAAAUUGUGGCGGCCGCUUAUCGUUGGCUCUGUACCCAUAUAUUAUGGAUCGCCGUCUUUUAAGGAUUGGCUCCCAAAUAAUAAAUCUGCUAUUUCAAUAUCAGACUUUGAUGGUCCAAUACAGCUCGCCAACUUUUUACACAAUCUUUUAAAAAAUGAUUCUGCAUAUGAAGAAUACUUGUCUCACAAAUUAAGCGAGCGCAAAAGUCGCAUUACAAACAACAAAUUACUACAUGCGUUGGAGAGAAGAGGAACAGAAACGCCUAAUAAAUUUGGGAAUUAUAUGGAAGAAUUCGAAUGCUUUGUUUGUGAACGAAUACAGAAAAAUAAUCAGGAAUUAGAAGAAAUAAGUAUAGUAACAAAAAGACAGUACAAUUGUUCUCUACCGAGAGAUCCAAUAACGCGCAAAAUUAAUAACCGCAAUUGGUGGAUGCAACAAUGGAACAUCGAGAAAUGUGGAGCUAAACUAUUAAUUCAUUACGUAACUAACAAUAUUAGCAUUAAUAUAAAUCAUUUCGAUGAACAGAAGAUGAAUAUGUAUGACAAUAAUGAAUGCUAAAAUAAAAUGAGAAAUGUUUUGAACAAUUUUUGAUAGUAUAAAUACUCGAAUAAACCAAGUUAAAAAUAUACUUAUUUUGAAUAAUACUCACAAAUUUAUAUAAACAUUUUCUAUUUUAAUAUUAUAGAAAUAUUUUUUACAAUCUGUAUAAAUGUACGCUAGAAAUUAUCUAAUGCAUUUUACAAAAAAAUAUAUAUUUUGAAAAAAAUAUAAGUUUGCACGAUAGAAAAAAAAUUAUGCGUACAUAUGUAAAAUCUUUUUAAAGACAGUAUUACAGUCUUAUUUAAUUUAAAAAAUUGUCUUUUUAAAUUAUCUCUAAUUUUUACCUUGACUAUUUAGUAGUGUCAUAAUAAUUAUAGUAGUGAUUAAAUUUUACCUCACUUUAUAUUUAAACAUAGAAAUAAAAUAUAAUUUUAAUAAAAAGCUAUUCGCACGUAAAUCAAGCGCAUAAAUCUUUCUCAAUUUGUUGAUUUUAUUUAUAAAAUUAAGCAGAUUUUGAUAAAUAAAAAUAUAUAUAACAAUAACGAAUGUUAAAAUAAAUAAAUGUUUUGAUCAUUUUAAUAAUAUAAAUACUCAAAUGAACUGAAUUGGGUAUGAAUACAAAUCUGAAAUGUUCCAAGCAUUUUGUAUUUCAGUGUCAUAAAAAUGUAGUGAUUAUGGUAUAAAAAUCUUGUAUCUGCUCUCUGUGCCAAAAGGGAUUUAAUUCAUUCAAAACAUUAAAUUUUUAAUUAAUUAUCACGUCUCAGAAAGCAAUAGCAAAUGACUAAGAAUAUUUUUUUGCUAAGACAAUUACCAUAAAACAUGCAAUACAGGUGAAACGCACGAUUAUGAAGACUAGAACCAGGAGACCGAACUAAGCCUGAUUUUGCCUCCAAAAGUGAGGCGAAAAUCUGUCAGAAAUGUAGUACCAAAUGGUGGCCCUGGCGACAAUGAUUUAUCGGAAACAAUAUGGAGUAUAACGACAAGCAUUUGACAAUAAAUGCAAAUUUAUAAUAAAAAUCUUAGCAAUUUUA